UUACAGACCUGCCCUAGAGACCUGCCCUACAGACUGGAACUUUAACAUCGCGGAUGAUGGCGGCUGGCCCUGUGUCCCAGUGGAGCAGAGGACAGAACGCCAUGCUCACCUUGACCACAAAGUGUAACCAUCCAUGAAUUGUUGCCGACCGUCACCCAGCCAUUCCUGGGUUUUCCCCACAGUCAGCCUCUGCUGCUUUGGAUUUUUCUCAAUGAUGAAGCCAUCAGAGCCUUUUGUUAUUCCUUAUUUAGCAGGACCAGAUAAAAAUAUAAGCCUCAGCACGAUCACAAACGAGAUCCUUCCCAUCUGGACCUACUCUUACCUGGCCCUCCUGCUCCCAGUGUUCAUCCUCACCGAUUACGUCCGCUACAAGCCAGUCAUCAUCCUACAAGGGAUCAGCUUCAUCAUCACCUGGCUGCUGCUCCUGUUUGGCCAGGGAGUGAAGGCCAUGCAGGUUGUAGAGUUCUUCUAUGGGAUGGUCACCGCCACCGAGGUGGCCUACUAUGCCUACAUUUACAGCGUGGUCAGCCCAGAGCACUACCAGAAAGUGAGCGGCUACUGACGGAGCGUCACGCUGGUGGCCUACACGCUGGCCUCGGUGCUGGCCCAGCUCCUGGCGUCCCUGGCCAGCCUGUCUUACUUUUACCUCAACGUCAUAUCCUUGGUCUCCGUCUCUGUGGCCUUUCUUUUCUCACUUUUCCUACCGAUGCCUGAGAAGAGCAUGUUUUUUCAUGUAAAACCCAGCCAAGGAGCCCCUCCCCAGCCGCCAGGAAAGGAUGCUUUCUCAAAGGAACCACAAAAGGAUCACACACCUGUCUGCAAAGGAUUAUUCACCUUUUCAGGGAACCUGGGUGACAGUCCAUUGACCAAUCCGAAGCCAGAAAAUGUAACAUUGAGAGUUUUUGUGCAGUGGUUCCAAGAUUUGAAGGGUUGUUACUCCUCAAGGCAUCUUUUUUACUGGUCCCUGUGGUGGGCCUUCUCCACGGCAGGUUUUAACCAGGUUCUGAACUACGUUCAAAUCCUGUGGGAUUACAAGGCACCAUCCCAGAGCUCUGCAAUUUAUAAUGGGGCAGUAGAAGCCCUUGCAACCUUUGGAGGGGCUCUGGCAGCCUUCACAGCGGGCUGUGUGAAAGUCAAUUGGAAUCUUCUGGGAGAGUUGGCUCUGGCGAUGUUCUCAGCAGCAGAUGCAGGUUCUCUGCUUCUCAUGCAUUACACAACUAAUAUUUGGGUGUGCUAUGCUGGUUUUUUGAUAUUCAAGUCAAGUUACAUGCUUCUCAUAACGAUAGCAGCAUUUCAGAUCGCUGUGAAUCUCAGUGUGGAACGCUAUGCCUUGGUAUUUGGAAUCAACACCUUCAUUGCCUUGGUGAUCCAGACUGUCAUGACGGUGGCUGUGGUUGACAACCAGGGACUGGGGCUUUCGGUCAACAUACAGUUUUUAAUUUAUGGGAGUUAUUUCUCUGUUAUUGCUGGAAUUUUCCUAAUAAGAAGCAUUUACAUAAUCUAUUCAGCCAAAUGCGGACAGGAAAGAUGUAGCUCUACUACCGACCAGAAUCCACAUGAACCGGACAACUCAAUUUCCGAGAUGAACACAGUGACGCAGUUUUAGCCUGGUAUCUCCUACCAUGGACUCGGAGGAUGGACUGUUCUGAAAAUAUAUGGUGCGAAACUACAUGGCGUUUCAAUUUUUUGUCCUGGAUUAAGACACCAUAAAAGACAAGAUUAUCAUGAACCUCGUCAACCCUACAUCAAAAUCUUAGCUGUGGGCUGGUGAACAGGGUACAACCAAAAACUGGAGUUGACCAAGUUGAAACCAGCCAUCUUUAUGGCUUCAGUGAGCAACUGGGACCCUAAAUACCGUUUGAAUACUUGGAAGUCCAUCCCAAAACAACACUGAAAUCAGACAAGUGGGACCAUCCAAAAUCAGAAACGUGAAAUAUCAUAGAGUUAAUGAUUUUAUUAGCUUUCUGUGUCCAACCUCAUAAAAGUGUGGUUUGUUUUGAUCUGGGUAAUAAAGAAGUUUCUAGCACAGGCCUGAUGCAUAUUAAA